CGCGCGCGACGGGGCUGAGCCCAGGCUGGCGCUCGCAUGGCAGCCAGCUCGUGCUCCCUGGAGUCCCCGCCCUCGAGCCGCGCGCAGAGAGGGAUUCCCCUAAAAUGGAGGCGACUCGUACUGCGUACUAGCGCUAUGAAACGGUAACUGACCAGCGUUUCUCCCCACCGCUCGUCUAGACUUUUUAAAGGGCGUUUCCCCCCCUCUUCUUUUUAGUCAGCUUUAUAGCUACAGUGGUUGCUCAGUUUCAGCGCGGCCGUUUUUAUAUAUAAAUAUAUUUCUUUUCUGGUGCGGUUCGCGAGAGCUCCAGUUUUUUUUCGCACGGUGUAGCCUGGCUUCGACAGCCGUGACGUCUCGACGUUAUUAUAACUAAAAACAUACAAGAGAAGAAGUGCGGACCGACCGCCGAGGACUGGCUGAGGAGUCGGUUGGAUUCUGCGGGCAGGGAGGAUUCAGAUUGCUGACGGGAAAACAAAAAGGGAAAAAUCGGAAGAGAGAAAGUCAGAAGAAAGAAAAAAAAAAAAAGAAGUGCCUUCUCCAAAAACGGCAACAGUCACAACUGCCUGCGCCAUACAGCUCUCCCGUCUCUCCUGGCCUCCCAAUUUUUAGUACCUUUUUUUUUCCCCCUCUGUGCGUGUGUGUUCAGUUGGAGAAUUUGGCCUCGUUUUGCAACCAUCUUCUCGGCCAGACAGAGAAGUCAUCCCUUCUGCCUCUGGCUUCGUUUCUCCUCCUUCUGCUGAAUCCAGAAUCCAGCGUUAGAAGACUUUUAAAAAAAAAAUCAUUCUUACUGGACUGCCUCAUCUCUUUUUUUUUGUUGUUGUUGUUGUUGUUGAUCAUUUUUAAAAAUAUAAAUAUAUAUUUUUUCCUCCCCGAUUCUCCUACCGGGAAGGAGAACAAAGUUGUUUUUGGCUGUUAUCGUAGCACUCCCUAUUCCCAACCCUUAACCACUCCCGACAACCCCCCCUCCACCCCACUCCUCUCCAGCACGCCAGCCCUGCUUUUCUGGGAUUUAUUUUUGGUUUCGGUGUUUUUGGACCGCGAUUCCGCUAAGGGAGUUUUUGUGGGUUAAAGAAAAACCAACUGGAAGACGGUAAAAAAAAAAGAUCUAGAGGAGAUUCGGAGAGACUCCUGGUCGUCCGGGCCCCAGACAGUCCUCCGGCCAGCCAGUCGGGCACACAGACACGAGGAGGAAGACCGCACUGCUGGGACAGGGAAGCCGGGGGUUUUAUUAACCCUCCUUGUUCUUUCCCUCUCUGUCACCAAGGUUAUCAAGGUGGGGAGGGGGGGGCCUCGAUCCCGGAACCACCCCAGCUCCUCCACGGAGCAUGUGGGAGUGACUCCACCGUAACUUUCCCGGGAUGCACUUUUUCGAAAGAGCUGGGCUCUGCGUUUUAAUCCUCUCGGGAGAUUUUAUCUGUGACCAGUAGAACUGGGAUACAGCACGCAUUUCAGAAGAGGAAAAAUCUAUAUAUUUUUUUAACCAAAGUGUGAAAAUACAGGCAACAGGUCAUUUCUUCUGAAAGACUUUGCUGUUUUUUUUUUUUUUUUAACCUGACAGUAUUUUUGGCUUUCCUGGCUUGUCGAGAGGGGGGCUCAUCGAUUCGGUCCCCUCCCUGCUCUUGGGGCAGCGCUUGCCACUGCAGUCCCGUACUAUGGCUGUGAAUGUAGCCAUGGGCCGUGACACAAAAUGGCUGACGCUGGAAGUUUGCCGGGAAUUUCAGAGGGGCACCUGCUCCCGCUCGGACGCCGAGUGCAAAUUCGCCCACCCGUCGCGGAGCUGCCACGUGGAGAACGGGCGAGUCAUCGCCUGCUUCGACUCGCUCAAGGGUCGGUGCACACGAGAGAACUGCAAGUAUCUCCACCCACCGCCACACCUGAAGACUCAGCUGGAGAUCAACGGGCGCAACAACCUCAUCCAGCAGAAGACGGCUGCAGCCAUGCUGGCGCAGCAGAUGCAGUUCAUGCUGCCCGGAGCUCAGCUACAGCCUAUAACCACGUUUGCUGUGACGCCCUCCCUGGCCACCAGCCCCAGCAUGGCCUUCAGCCCGUACCUGAGCCAUAUGAGCCCUGGGAUGGGCCUGAUGCCCGAGCUGCUGCCCAACACUCCCGUGCUGGUCUCGGGGAGCCCCACGGUCACCGUGGGGGGCAGCACGGCCGGACAGAAGCACCUGCGCACUGACAAGCUGGAGGUGUGCCGGGAGUUUCAGCGGGGGAACUGCACGCGGGGCGAGAACGACUGCCGCUACGCCCACCCCAUCGAGGCCGCCAUGAUCGACGGCAGCGAGAACUCGGUCACCGUCUGCAUGGACUACAUCAAGGGCCGCUGCUCCCGGGAGAAGUGCAAGUACUUCCACCCCCCCGCCCACCUGCAGGCCAAGAUCAAGGCCGCGCAGCACCAGGCCAGCCAGACCGCUGCUGCUGCCGCCAUGACCCAGCCAGCUGCUCGACCCCUGAAGCGAACCCUGCAGCCGACCUAUGACCUGGCCCUGCCCCCCGGGGCCCUCCAGCCAAUACCAAAGAGGCCCGCGCUCGAGAAAACCAACGGUGCCACCACUGUCUUCAACCCCAGCAUGUUCCAUUACCAGCAGGCUCUGGCCAACAUGCAGCUGCAGCAGCCAGCCUUCAUCCCCACAGGCUCUGUUCUGUGCAUGACUCCCACUGGAGGCGUUGUUCCCAUGAUGCACGGUGCUACGCCUUCCACUGUUACGUCGGCAACAACACCUGUCACGAGUGUCCCUUUCGCUGACACUGCUGCAGCCAAUCAGAUUUCCCAAUUAUCUGUAGAUGAACUGAAUAGCAACAUGUUUGUUUCACAGAUGUAACCAUUGCCAAUAGAACAUAGACCCCCCCGAGGUUCUGAGUGGCAGCGUGAUGGACCUCCAGUGCGUUUCCAUGGAAGCCCAGCCCAGCCCACUCCCCAAGCUCGUGCCAGUGGGCCCCACCGCCGUCUCCACA